UUUAAAAUUGCUUACCGGAUUUUGCCGGGUUUCGAUUCGGCGUUAUUUGGUUAUUACUCUGGAUAUUGAUUGCCGGCCGCUAAGAUGAUGCAUCUGGAGCGGUAUGUCACGAAGAUAAAGCCUGCCGUGGAGGGAUUCAUGAAGGAGCCCAGCAAGGACACUUUGUCCUUAGUGGAACGAGAAAUCGAGGGAUUUAACUUUGGGGAAAUGCGCAUUUACCAGGUGCAAACAGUGGUCCCUCUGGUGCUCAAACUGGAUGAGUUGACCGGGGAGCACCAGGAACUGCGUACCCGCCUGAUGAACUGCCUGAGCCGCAUUGUCUCCCAAACUUACUUGGCGGACGAGAAAGGACUGCGCUCCAUCCUGGUGGUGGUGCUGCAACAGGUACGCGACUCCAAGGCAGCCGUCAUGCGACCGAAUCUAUCCGAGGAAAUUAAACUGGCUGCCAUACAGUGCAUAUUUGAGGCAUUGCGUCGCUCCACCACAGAUGUGCUGGAGUCUUUCUACGUCAAGGAGACUGCAAUGGUGAUUGGCCAGAUACUUAUCAUGCUCUUAGAUAUAAUUGAGCAGGAAAAGUAUCGAAAACUCGUGCAGUCAGCCAUCCAGUGCUUAAUGUUGGUCUUCUACGUUCACGACGAUUCAGAUCCCGUGGAUGUAGUGCUGCGCAGUCAGGUGGCCAAUACCAUAUUUAUUUUCCUACCCAAGGUUCUUAUUGUAUUGUUCAAAACAACCAUGAAAGAUGAUACUGUUGGGGAAACCAUUAAAUCGAUGGCGAUUCAAGCCCUAGGACGCAUUAUUUGCAUCAUGUUUGAGGAAACCACUGAUGAGUUCAUGAAAAUGCGCUACGAUGUGGACGCUUUUCGAAAACUGUUCAUUAACUCCAUGGAUAACCUGGCUGAUCAAAGUGAUUUUACCUUUUUUGCAAACAAAAAGUCCACCAACGAACAGACUGAGGAGCGUUUGCACCAAAUGCAAACAGAGCUGCGGUCGAUCCAAUGGGUAGCGGCCACGUCGCGACGCCUACGACCUAUCUUUGUGGAGACGAGCAUUCUGAGGGCACACACUGCUUUGAGUGUACGCGAAAGUUACUCCGACAUGUGUUGCCUACUGCUAAAGCAUUGUGCCCACAAUCUGAGGACGAAUUUUGUACACGUACUGGAGAGCGUUUUGGCCCUGUCGGAGGACGAGAAUGAGAAAAUAGCCCAGCGGUGCAGGGAAACUCUUCUUCUGCUGCAGCAACAGCCUAGCAGCCAGGGUAUAUUUGAUGAGAAUGCAGAGAUGCUGCUAGACGCGCACCUCAACAAAUGGCCACGCAUCCUGCACCGCUGCGAGGACAACGAGCAGUUCGCCGAGCUUCUUUUCUUCAAGGGAUUCCUGCGCAACGUCAAUGCCGAUAAGCUCGAACUACUGCUGCUGGUGCCCAAGAACUUGGAGAUGUUCGUGACCUGUCUGCUCGCAGCUCUUGACCAGCGGACCACCCGUGACCUACUAAACGAAGAGUACUCCCUACGACGUAUUCGUGGGGGCGAUCCAAAAGGCCUGGCUGCCGAACUGUCUAAGCUCCCAUGGCGGCAGUUUAAGCAUCUCGCCUCCAAGCGCAAUGUGGGCAUCUUGUACGACAUUGCAGCCCUAUUGGGUGUUCAGCCUUCUCUAAACCGGCUUAUCUUCGACCACUGUCAAGACCUCAUUCAGCAAAGGUCCUCCUCCAUGAACGAGUGUAUAAUUCUUCUAACUCUAAUGGUAACGCCGCCGGAUAAAAAAGCUCGAGAAAGCCGGCUGGUACUGGCUAAUCUUUUACUGGAUCAGAUCCUACGCGACGAGCACUGGAACCUCGCCCUUCAGCCUGAUGCAGCUUGGCGCCUCAAAGUCAACAAGCCCACCCAUUGGUUUGAAGAACGAACUCCUGGUCUCUAUUCAUCCGCAGUGGAGGUUCGCACCCAGGACUGCGAUUCCGACGACGAGCAGACGGAGGUGGUUGGCAGUCGCGUAACCAUUGCAGACGCCCAGUUCAAUGUGCUGCACACCUGCCUAAUUAUGGACGCAUUGGGACACUGUGCCAGGUUCAUUGGCGAUACCUUCGACAGACACAUAUUUUUGAGUCUGCACAAAGUACUUCUCAAGGUGGCCAGCAGUAACACUAUUGUUCACCAGGCGGCUAGUUUCGCAUUCGUUUCCAUGCAGUUGGCUUUAAGGUAUGCGGAACCCUCGCACUUCAUCGAGUGCUCCACGGACUACAUCACUUUCCACCUGAACGCAUUGCUGAAGCGGUCGCCGAAUAGCACUGCCGCAGUGGACAUUCUCACCGUGGUGCUUCAGUACAGCACGCGGGGCAAUGUGCCGCACUUGGACAGCUUAUUCCAGACUAUACGCGAGGAGUGUUCAAAAUCGCAUCAAUCGAGCAAUGUUCACUCUUAUCUGCGCGUCUUUAGAGCAUUCCUAAAUCAUGUUUCACAUUGGCAAGUUAAUGCAACGGCUGAGAUAAAUUCAGAGCUGCCGAUGCAAGUGGAUGAAGAGCACAGUGUCUUGAAUACAUGGAUAAGUGUGCUUAAUAGGCCGCAGUUGUUAGAGGAUAUAAAUGGCGACGCAGACAUGACCAAGGAGCCCGCGAAAGAUGAGGCAGAGGAUGCAGAAGACACGGAACCAAAACCAACGAAGCCGGAUCUACCGCGCCAUGUUGAAAUGGUUAAGGAUAUUCUAGGUCAAGUAAUCAAGUUCAUUUCCAACGCUGAUCAGGAGCAACAGAUUGCAGCUCUCGAAUGCUUCUCCAGUGGAUUGCCACUUCUGGCAGACUAUGAGAAUGAGCUCCUGCCACUGGUGCAUCUAGUGUGGCAACCACUCGUAGAGAAGUUUCGGCAGAAGGACGCACUGGUGCUCAAUCGUUGCUUCACCUUGCUGCACUUGCUGGGCGUCCAUGCGAAGGACUUUAUAUUGAAACGAAGUCUCAGUGAUGUGAUACCUCAACUGAAGCUUUUCCUCAAAGCGGCCAGUCAGCACAGCAGCAUGGAAACUUCACUAGCUCAGACGCAGGAAUACAAACUUCAGCUGAAGCUCCUCCAAAGUCUAGCGGAUUUCAUACUAGGUCUGCAGAUAGAGGGAAAACAUCUUCACGAGCUGAUGACCACGGUGGCGAUUUAUCUGUCGGCGGUACAACCACGAGAGCUGCAGACGUCGGCCAGAGGGUUCUUCCUGCAACUGAUUGCUUACAAUGGACCCUUUGUCUAUGUGACGCUGUUGCAGAGGGCCCAUCUUAAAGAUUACCAAGCUAAUGUUAGCCAUAUCUUCGAAGUAAUGGGCUUUAUCAUAGCAAAUGGACACGACCUUGAUUAAUAAACAGACCGUUUUUAUUAUUUCACAA